AUGUUUUUUAGGACAGGUGGUAAUGAUGGGUUUGAGGACUAUUGUUUUGAGGGUGCAGAUGCAGAGGCAACCUUUCGGUCACCACAUACCCCACACACACUGAUGGCACCGAACACGCCAUUGACGUCGCAUGGCUCCGCCUCUAGAGGCAUUUCAGGAGGUCACGACUCGAAUGCGAGUGAUUUUCACGCCUCAUCGUUGCCCCUCAUCAGACGACAUGGGGAAAAGUUUGGGGAUCAAAAAAUCCACAGCGCGUGUAUUCAUCUCUUUUGGGAGAAUUUAGAUCAUCCGUGGGCCCAGUUCAGUGAUAUUCCAAAUGAGGCUCUUCUACAGAUGUUUUCGCGUUUCGGGACAAUGUACAGGUGGUAUUCACAAGAGAAUGAGAACAUAUUUGAUGCAUUCAAGUGUGUCCUCAAGGAUAGAUACAGAGAUAGGAUGAAAGGUAUCAGGAAACAAUCUGCCGACAUGGCACGAAAUGAUGGGAAACCCCUCCCCCCAAAGUUUUGUAGCUACUAUGAUGGGAUGCAUAACUACCGCCCCGAACGCGUACCGGAGACUGUGUGGCAACGAAAAUUGAUGGGUAAACCACCCACACAAUAUGAUGUUUUCGUGCAGACGCAUGGCACCGCCGAGUCAAAGAAAAAAUAUUUUGAGGGAAAUCAUGAAAAUAUUGAAUAUUGCUCGCAGACGGCCAAAGAAGCACUAGAGGGGUAUCUGCAUGGGUUGGUCAACAAAUUUGGUGAAGAUCCUUCAAAUCGUAAGGAUGAUGUAGAUGUAUGGGAGGAAAGCCAACUUAGAAGAAAAGGAAAGAAGAAGGGUGCUAUCUAUGGGAUAGGAGCAUCGGAUAUACAUUUUUUGGUUUUAGGGACUCCAUCUUCCCAAUCCACCCAGUCCACCCAGUCGGAUAGCACACAACAAGAGGUUGAUAGGUUGCGUGCACAAGUUUCUGUCAUGGAACAACAACAACAACAAAUGAAAGAACAAAUGGAGAUGGUUAUGAGGAUGAUAAAUAUGUCUGGAAAUCAACCCCAUGGUCCCCCCGAUAAUCCACCCGAGGACAAUUGA